CCGAGUAUAAAAAAGCAGGGACCAGUUUCCACACUCAGUUUCAACACCCAGAGAGACCCGGCGAACCAGAGAGAGCUCCAAAGGAAUUAUGGCCACAACACAUUUUACAGCACGGGCUUAAUUGGAAGGAACAGUACUUUUAUUCAGCUUAUUGUUAUUUUCAGUUCUUAUUUUUUCAGAGCAAUAACAGAAAGUGAAAUUGAACCGUCGGCUGUAACCGCUGAAGCUAAUUCUGGGCGCAAGGCCGAGGAAACCGUCGCGCUGAAAUGGCUUCCAGCUCGGCUCUCCCAGAAGACAUCACCUGUGCCGUGUGCAUGGACAUCUUCACCGACCCUGUCGGCCUAAAAUGCAGCCACGUUUUCUGCAAAGCCUGUCUACACAAAUGGUGGGGGGAGAACAAGGCAAGAGAAUGUCCGAUUUGUAGGGACAGAACUACUUCUGAUUUUGAGAAACCGGCUUCCGCGUCCGAGUCACUCUGCGGCCUCCACGGCGAGAAACUCAAGCUCUUCUGUCUCAACGACGAGGAGCCGAUCUGCGUCGUCUGUCAGACUUCAGAGAAGCACGAGAAUCACAAACUGCGACCACUAAAGGAAGCCACGCUGAAGUAUAAGGAGGAAGUCAACGGUGCUCUAAGACCUCUGCAGGAGAAGCUGGAGUACCUUAUCGCCGAGAAGCAGAAGGAUGACCACGCAGCGGAUUUCAUCAAGAGCCAGGCUGAGUGCACAGCUAUACAAAUACACGAGGAGUUUGAGAAACUUCACCAGUUUCUGCUGAAUGAAGAAGUGACCAGGGUCACUGCACUGAGGGAGGAAGAGGAGCAGAAGAGCCAGAGGAUGAAGGAGAGGGUUGAAAAAUUGACAAAAGAGAUUUCAUCCCUGACAGACAUGAUUGUAGCUUUAGAGCAGGACAUGAAGGCUGAUGAUAUCUCUUUCCUGCAGAACUACAAGGCCACUAAGAGAAGAGCCCAAUACAAAGUGUCCGUUCCAGAGAAGGUGUCAGGAGGGCGUAUUGAUGUGGCCACACACCUGGGCAACCUGAAGUACAGAGUGUGGAAUAAGAUGCAGGAGAUUGUUCAGUACACUCCCGUCACUCUAGAUCCAAACACCAGACAUAAUCUCAUCGUGUCUGAGGAUCUGACCAGCCUACAGUACAGUGGGGAGACAGAGCUGAGUUCUGAUGAUGAUGAUGAGGAUGAGGAUGACGAUGGAGGUUUUAUCUUCAAAGGUUAUGCCUUUGGGUCAGAGGGCUUUUCCUCAGGGAUGCACUGCUGGGAUGUAGAGGUUGGGGACAAUCCUACCUGGGCGCUCGGUGUCGCUGAGAACUCCUCAGGUGAAGGGGAGCCCAGGGAAAUGUCAGCUAUAUGUUACGGUGACGGGGAAUACCACAUGUAUAGCAACGCAGAGAAGACUACUAAGCUGAAUGUUAGGAGGGAAGUGAAAACGGUCAGAGUGCAGCUGGACUGGAACAGGGGGAGGCUGUCCUUCUCCGAACCCACUAGCAACACGUCUCUGCACACCUUCAAACGCAGAUUCACUGGAAGGCUGUUCCCCUGGUUUUUCGUUGGCUCUGAUUGUGUUCCACUGAGAAUCUGCCCGCUGAAGAUCUGUGUUACAGUGGGCUAAAUUGCUGUAGUUUAGAUUAACUAUCAUAUUCAACACCAACGUAAAUCAGAGAAUAUACAGUCCCCUCCAUAAGUAUUGGAACAGCAAGGUCAACACUAAGCUUUCUUGAUAUAACUUGUGAUAGUAGCAGCAGGAUGAAUUCAAGACAUUCAAAGUUAUGGAGAAAUAUUUCAAAACUCAUUGGAAGGAACUGCAUCAUGCAGCAACUGCAAAACACACUGCCAACACAACAACGGACUUCAUUAGGGUGAAAAAGUGGUAGGAUUCCACUUUGGUCCAAUGCUUUUGUUCAAAAUGGGGUGGUCUGAUACCAAAGGUGUUGUGUUCUAAGUAGUUCAACACAUUUAGGUGUAAAUACCAGGAAAUAAAAAAAUGAAAUUCUAGACUGUCUCUUUUUUAUCUCAACCCCAAAUGUAUUCAGUGUAUUGCAAAGACAAAGGGAUUGGGCUUGCUGUUCCAAUACUUUUUGAGGGGACUGUACAGAAUGUGUGUGGUUGUAAUUGGGAAUACGUUUUAGUGUGGAGUCUAUUUGCUAUUUACAUAUCAAAUUAUAUUUUCAAGUCAGUCUACCCAAUCAACUCAUUGAGAAGUACAAUCAAUAUCAGCUAGGCUUGCUCUCAAAAUCAUUUUGCCAAUCCCAGUUCUCCAACCACUGCUCAGACUGGCUCUAAUUGAAAGACUCUUCUCCCAAGUCAAAGCUUUUAUUUUAUUUAAUUUUAUAUUUGCCCCUAUGCUGCGUUCACGUCAUAUGGGAGAACGCGGAACGAAAGGAGAAUUUCCCAUAGCCCAAGAACCAAAAACCGCUCAACCCUGACACGACGGGAAAAAUACGAUGACGUUAUUCUUGAGCCGAUAUCUAGCAUAGAUGAUUGGCAGCGGUUAAACGUGUAGCGUAUCUGGCUGCUGCCGGUUUUCCAGAAAUAGUGAUCGGCUAUCUGACAGUAGCUCUCUUUAGCAGCUCCACCAACCCAGCUGUUAUAGGUAGCAGCGCUAUCAAUCAAACUGUAUGCGGUGGCGAGCUGGUGAAAAUAUUAAAUAAUAUUAUGAUUUUGCUAACUUGAACAGUCGUUAAGUUGGUAAUUAUUUGUCUGCAUGCCAUUCACACGACUCACCGACAGGUUGUACCUAACCGGAGCCAUCAGGAAGUUAUUUCCCAUAUUUCCUACUCGGAAUUACGACUCGGAUCGGAUGUAGGUGGUUAAUUUCGGUAAUUCACAUACGACGUGAACGCAUCAUUAUCUUUCAUGUGGGAAGUCUAACUCAGCGUUCACUCAGAGUUCAAUUCCGUUUACAGUCUACGAGUAAAUCCACUGGCAGAGUUUUAAUCAGCUUCAUUCCUGUUAUAUUACUAAUUAAGUGCUGAAUAUAAAUACAAAUAAAAUAUUUAUGGAGCAA